AGAGCCCCCCAAGAAUCCCCAAACCUCACCCGCUCAUCCGCCGCCGUCGACCAUGGCCGGGCGGGCGCCGUACACCAACCUCGACCCCGUGAGGGCGGCCGGCUUGCAGCGCAUGGGCUUCGACCCGCUCGAGCUCGACCGAGCCACGGAGCAGCUGCUCACGUACGUCUGCACCAGCCUCAUCCCCGACUUCCCCUUCCCCGCCACCGGGCGGCUCGUCGCCCGCCCCGUCUCCGACGGCGUAGACCGCAUCAGCCGCCUCCCGCGCGCGCUCCUGUGCAACAUCGUCUCCCGCCUCCCCGCCUCGGACGCCGCGCGCACGGCCGCGCUCUCCUCCCGCUGGCGCACGAUCUGGCUCUCCACGCAGCCCGUCCUGGUCGACGCCUACCUCCGGAAGGACGACUAUGUCUGGCCCCCCACGCCGGCCAACUCGCGCGCCAUCACCGCCGUCGUCUCCCGCAUCCUCGAGGCGCACCCGGGGCCCUUCCGCUGCGUCCACCUCGCCUGCAGCCACAUGAACGCGUACCAGGCCCAGCUCGCGCGCUGGCUCCAGCUCCUCGCCGCCAAGGGCGUCCAGGACCUCGUCCUCGUCAACCGCCCCUGGCCGUGCGACGUGAUCCUCCCCGACGCGCUCUUCACCAUCAACACCCUCGUCCGCCUCUACAUCGGCCUCUGGAAGUUGCCGGACACGGCCCGCCUGGGAAGUUACCGGACAUUUCCCCACCUCCGCGAGCUUGGCAUCUGCAGCGUCGUGAUGGAGCAGGGGGACGUCGACGCCAUCGUCGCCAGGAGUCCCGUCCUGGAGGUCCUGAGCAUCCAGGGAAGCAACAAGGGGCUGCGUCUCCACCUCGUCAGCGAGAGUCUACGGUGCGUGCAGAUCUGCGGUUCUGUUGUGGAAGACAUUGCCAUGGUGAAGGCUCCACUCCUCGAGCGGCUCAUCCUGCAUGGAUGCCGGGAUCUGGCUGGUGGCAUGUGUACCAGGAUCAGGAUUCUUGAUGCCCCCAAUCUGCGCGUGGUCGGGUUCUUGGAGCCAGCAAACCAUGUCCUCAAGAUCAGAGACACCAUCAUAAGGGCUGGGAUGAAGGAGAGCACAACCACAAGUCUCACAAGCGUGAAGAUCCUCAGCUUAAAUGUGCGUUUUGGGAUCCGGGGUGAGGCAGAGAUGGUGCCCAGGUUCCUCAAAUGCUUUCCCAAUGUGAAGACACUGCAUAUCAUGUCUGGAAAAUGCAAUCAGUCCACUGGUACGCUCAACCUCAAGUUCAAGGAGGUUCCCAUGGAAAUUUCCAUGUCAGGCAUCUCAGAGAUGUAUUUCCAUGAGUUCCGAGGGGAUGAAGGUGAGGUUGCCUUCCUCAAGUCGUUGUUCAAGAGUGCGUAUGGGCUGGAGAAGGCGGCUAUUAUGAUGGCAAAUCCAAGCUUGACGCCGUUUUCACCAGAUGACGCACUUUCCAAGGUGAAGAGUGAGCUCAGUAUAUCCCCCGGCCAUGUGGUGGUGCUUGUGAGUGGAGGUCCUGAAGGAGGAAGACCGUGGAGUUUUCAGAAAGGAACUGAUUUUUCAUGCGAGGACCCUUUUUCAGUAGUUGCGGUCUCGCGGAGAACGGCAAAGUUUAGUGCCACUGGAGCGGCGUAAUGUGCCACUGGAACGGCAAGCUUGACGGCGUAAAGUUUAGGCGGAGUAUGAAGCACGCAUUGUAUCGGAAACUUCGGUGAUCCUACUUACAUUCCAAACUUUGUGUUAAACUUGUGGCCUGAUUUCUGGGGGCAAUCAGAAAUGCGAUGUACUGAUAUUUUGCUUGC